AUGCCUCAGCCCGCUGGAACACACCAAGCGUUAGGACCGCGCGGGAGCCGCCGGAGCCCGGCAGCCCAGCAGAAACUGGGCGUGGCUUCUCGGAGAGGGCGGCUCCCGGGAGAGGCACGGGGGUUACGUCACGCCGACUCUGGACGUCGAUUGGCUGGAGUGCGGUGCGCGGAGCCCGCCAGCGUCUCCGCCCAGCCCCGCAGCUCCACCUCCUCUCCAAGCCGCUCUGCCGGCGCUGGCUCGAGAAGGAACCGCUCAGGCCGUCGCCGCCCGCCCGGUGCGGACGCGGAGAAGGAGGCGGAAGGAGGUCGCGAGCGGGUGUACGAGUGGUUCGGGCUGGUGCUGGGCUCGGCGCAGCGCCUGGAGUUCAUGUGCGGGCUGCUGGACCUGUGCAACCCGCUGGAGCUGCGCUUUCUCGGCUCGUGCCUGGAGGACUUGGCGCGCAAGGACUACCACUACCUGCGCGACUCCGAGGCCAAGGCCAACGGCCUCUCGGACCCAGGGUCGCUGUCCGACUUCCGAGAUCCCGCCGUGCGUUCGCGCCUCAUCGUUUACCUGGCGCUGCUGGGCUCGGAGAACCGGGAGGCCGCCGGCCGCCUGCACCGCCUCCUGCCCCAGGUGGACGCGGUGCUCAGGAGCCUGUGCGCCACUGGGGCCGAGGGCUCGCGGGGCAGCGUGGAGGACGAGCCGGGUGGCGAUGGCGAGCAGGACGCGGAGAAGGACGGCCUCGGCCCGGAAGGCGGCGGCUGUGCCGAGCUGGGGACUGGAGGCGGGCUUGGCUUCAGGGCCCAGGAGGAACUGCUGCUGCUCUUCACCAUGGCUUCGCUGCACCCGGCUUUCUCCUUCCACCAGCGGGUCACCCUGAGGGAGCACCUGGAGAGGCUCCGCAGCGCGCUCCGCGUGGAACCCGAGGACGCGGAGGUGGAGCCCUGCAACUUUGCGGGCUCCAGGGCCCAGAACGACUCUGCUUGUGGUGAUUAUAUACAGAGUAAUGAGGCUGGCUUAGAACAAGCCCAAAUACCUCAAGGCGGACUCACCGUGGCCCCUCACAGAGCUCAGCGGGAAGCUGUACACAUUGAGAAGAUAAUGUUGAAAGGAGUCCAGAGAAAAAGGGCUGACAAAUAUUGGGAGUACACUUUCAAAGUAAAUUGGUCUGACCUUUCAGUCACAACAGUAACAAAAACCUACCAAGAGCUACAGGAAUUUCUACUGAAGCUUCCAAAGGAAUUGUCUUCUGAGACUUUUGACAAGACCAUCUUAAGAGCCCUGAAUCAGGGUUCUUUAAAAAGGGAAGAGCGGCGGCACCCUGACCUGGAGCCCAUCCUAAGGCAGCUAUUUUCAACUUCAUCCCAGGCUUUUCUUCAGAGUCAGAAAGUACGCAGCUUUUUCCGGUCAAUGUCCUCGGAGUCUCAGCACAGCCUCAAUAACUUACAGUCCUCUCUGAAGACUUCUAAGAUAUUAGAACACUUAAAAGAAGACAGCUCAGAAGCUUCAAGUCAAGAAGAAGAUGCGUUACAGCACACCAUAAUCCACAAGAAACACGCUGGGAAGAGCCCCGCUGGGAAUGUUGGUACGAGCUGUUCUCCGUUGGAUGGGCUUACCUUGCAGUAUGCAGAACAGAAUGGAACUGUGGAUUGGAGGAGCCAAGGCUGUGCCACCAUCCAGCACCCGGAGCCCUGUGUGGCCUCGGCUGACCAGCACUGUGCUGAAAAACGGAGCUUGUCUUCAGUAAAUAAGAAGAAAGGGAAGCCACAGAUAGAAAAGGAGAAAAUGAAGAAAACGGAGAACAGAUUGAGCAGUAGAAUAAAUGGUGUUAGACUCUCUGCUCCUCAGCACGCUCAUGGCAGUCCUGGGAAAGAUAUGAAUUUGGACAUUGGAUCUGGACAUGACACAUGUGGAGAAACAUCUUCAGAGAGUUACAGUUCUCCGUCUAGUCCACGGCAUGAUGGAAGAGAAAGUUUCGAAAGUGAAGAAGAAAAGGACAGAGACACGGACAGCAAUUCUGAAGAUUCUGGGAGCCCAUCAGCAGCCAGGUUUACAGACUUUGGCUCUGUCACUGUCAAGCCACCUGUUCAGAUUGUCUCCCUGGGGACCGAGAAUGGAAGCCUUUUAGAAGCCCCACUGACCUCACACAAGUAUCCGCAUAUUCCCUUUAUGCCAACUCUACACUGUGUCAUGCACAAUGGUGCCCAGAAGUCAGAAGUUGUCAUUCCUUCACCCAAAUCUGCAGAUGGCAAAGCAAUAGGGAUGCUUGUUCCUAACCCUAUGGCGAUUUCUACAGUGAUGGAGUCCACAAAUUCAAGCCCUGUUGGAAUCCUAGGCCCCGCAGCUUCUGGAGAAUCAGAGAAACACCUGGAAUUGUUGGCUUCCCCUUUACCUAUCCCAUCCUCCUUCCUUCCACACAGUAGUCCUCCUGCUUUGCAGCUAACAUUGCAGAGACUAAAAUUGCCACCACCACAGGGAUCGUCUGAGAGUUGCACAGUUAAUAUUCCACAACAGCCAAGCGGAAGUCUGAGCAUUGGAUCACCAAACACUGCCUUUAUUCCUGUCCAUAACCCAGGUAGUUUCCCGGGAUCUCCUGUGGCUACCACGGACCCCAUCACAAAAUCUGCAUCCCAACUGGUAGGACUAAAUCAAAUGGUGCCUCAGAUUGAGGGAAACCCAGGAACAGUCCCUCAGCCUACCAAUGUGAAGGUAGUUCUUCCAGCAGCUGGCCUCCCGGCUGCACAGCCACCAGCUUCCUACACCUUCCCAGGCUCACCCCUUGCUGCCAGUGUGCUACCCACCCAGAAUUCUAGUGUGCUCAACACAGCCACUUCUGCCCAGCCGACAAGUGCAGGCAUCAGUCAAGCCCAGUCCACGGUUCCUCCUGCUGUCCCUACCCACACCCCGGGCCCUGCCCCAAGUCCCAGCCCUGCCUUGACACACAGUACUGCUCAGAGCGAUAGCACAUCUUACAUCAGUGCUGUGGGGAACACGAACGCUAAUGGGACCCUAGUGCCACCACAGCAGAUGGGCUCAGGUCCUUGUGGUUCGUGCGGGCGAAGGUGCAGCUGUGGGACCAAUGGAAACCUUCAGCUAAGUAGUUACUAUUAUCCCAAUCCAAUGCCUGGACCAGUGUACCGAGUCCCAUCAUUCUUUACUCUGCCAUCCAUUUGCAAUGGCAGCUACCUCAACCAAGCACAUCAGAGCAAUGGGAACCAACUUCCUUUUUUUCUGCCUCAGACUCCAUAUGCAAAUGGACUGGUGCAUGACCCAGUCAUGGGGAGCCAAGCCAACUAUGGCAUGCAGCAGAUGGCAGGAUUUGGGAGAUUGUACCCUGUAUAUCCAGCACCUAAUGUAGUUGCCAACACCAGUGGUUCUGGGCCCAAGAAGAAUGGGAAUGUCUCAUGUUACAAUUGUGGUGUGAGCGGACAUUAUGCACAAGACUGUAAGCAGUCGUCCAUGGAGGCCAGUCAACAAGGCACUUACAGACUGAGAUACGCACCUCCCCUCCCCCCUUCUAAUGAUACGUUGGAUUCUGCAGACUGAACGAGUAAAGCUUGCCUACUUAAUGCACUCAAGUGUGGGGAGUCAUGGGGUGUGGAGGGGAGGAAAGGAAAGGUAUUUUGUUUCUUUGUACAUUUCCUAAAUUUCUAUGCAGUUGAGAGUUUUCAUUUCUCUUGUACCAAUGUCCAAAAUAAGAAAGAAUGCGAUGUUCCUGAGCCUCUGGUCCCCUGGUUCCACAGCAGGCUUGUAUGAUAUGUGUAACUUAAAUUUCAGACAGACUCUCGAACAAACAAUAUUGAUGUGUGCUUUUUUACACUGAAUACUUGCUGUGUGCAAUGUUUACUGAAUCUUGAGACUGUGUUGACCUUAUUUGUUCUCACGACACUGGUGACAGUCGUAUGGUCUGGAAAACGCUGUGCUGCUUGCGGCCUUCUCGCUCGACCCUGUCCCGGCCUGCUGCGGGAGUGCUCAGCAGUGUCCUUGCUGCACUCUGGAACCAAGGGCAACAUGUCUCACCACACAUGUAGAAGUCAGAUUCCCGAGAUGUGUACAUAUGUCACACAAACCUCACGCGAAUACACAUAUGCAGCACUUGUCCAAAUACCAUGAAAACAAGUGGGAGAGAGGCAGUCAGACUACAGGAAGCCGAGAAUGUGACCUGGACAAACCUUGUUUCCUUGAGAGGAGAGAACUUUUCCUUCCAGCAUACUUUUGUAGCCUGUUGCUUCAGAGACCCAGGGAACACACUGGUGUGGAUGCUGUUCUCUGUAUGCGUGUGUCUGUGACGACAGUCAGCAGCCAGUUCUACUUGUUGUCUACCACCUUGACCUGAUGAGACACCGCCUGAGUGAAGACGUCAUCUUCUGCCGCACCAGCUGUCACAGUGUCACACCGUGUUUCCAUGUGUGUGGGUUUCUACAGUCGGGUGUCUGCUCCCUCGCCAUAAGCAAGUCACUUUCAUAGCCGUGGACCACUAUGCUUGACUAUAAUGUGAAAGACUGAGUGUGUUGAGAUGGUCUUAAUCAUGUCAGUGUCGUGUCAACUAAGUUUAAUGCUGCUGUUUUUUUGUUUUGUUUUGUUUUUUUGACUGUUUAAAAAAGCCAAUCUAUUUACUAAAUUGCUUCCAGGUAAUUUUUUGAUUUCCUGAAGUGCACUGAGGUUAUCUGGGAGAUUGGAUGUAUCUCCAGUGACUGCUACACUCAGGAGCAGUGAGAAAGUACCACCACAUAGUCAUAAGCUUAGGGGGUAAGAGGUUUCCAUUCCUGGGUAAAGAGUAGAAAUGAUUGGCUGGUGUGAUGGGGAAUGCCGCUGGGCUGUGGCAGAGGCACUGAAAUGUUUGGUCUAGGUUCAGAAGCCUGACAUUGUGAGACAAAGGGAAAAAAAACUUGAAGAAAAAGAAGCUAGUUCAACACUUCAAAAGUAGCAUUUAUAUUUAUAGCACCAAUGUACAUUCUGAAACUUUCAGGGGUAGGCGCUGUGGAGGCGCUAUAGGGAGAGAAGGGGGAGCGUGACCGGGUAGAUGAAAGAAAGCUUUAAUUUAGAAAGAAAAAGUUCAAGUAAAGGAAAUUAUUUUGAUUAAAUAUAUUUUAUUUGAUCCGGUAUUUUUGGACCACACUAUUAAAUUGUUAAGCUGCGGUUGAGUCGUUCAGGGGAGAGUAAGCCUUGUGCAGGUCGUGGGACUCACUUGCCAGGUGUACUAUGGGGCUUAUUUUAUGAUUUCAAAUACUGUACUGUACAUAGGAGGUGUGUUACCUUCUCCUUAUUUGUAUGUUUACCAUAUACUUUGAUAUUUGAAAUGUUAUGUACUGGAAAGGCCACUUAUAUUUCUAGGACAGAUUGGAUUUUAUGCAACCUUUUUCCUUGAAUUAACAGCAAUAAAAAAAUGAAAACAGCUUAA